CGCAGGGAGCUCCCGGAAUCCCAGAUGGGUGCCGGCUCUGUGCUCCUUUCCGGUUCUCGAACCCCAAGCAUCGAGGAAGGGAGACGGAGACAGGGGCCUCUGUGGCUGCAGAGAACCAAGUGGACCUGGGCUUCUCAGCCUCUGACGCCCGCAGAAGCUGAAUCUUGUCGCGCUUCCUGUUUCGUCAUGGCGAGAUUCUGGCUGUGCGCGGCCGCCACUGUCUUUUUCCUUGCGUUUGCGAUUUUAUAUUCGCGCUUUUCUGGCUCUUUGGUUUUAAGAGAGUUUAUUUUUCACAUUUCAUGGAGAACUGAGAAAAUUCUUUACAGACUGGAUGUGGGAUGGCCUAAACAUUCAGAGUACUUUACUGGAGCAACAUUUUGUGUUGCAGUUGACUCCCUGAAUGGACUACUUUACAUAGCCCAAAGAGGGGAUAACAUCCAAAAAGUACUAGUAUUCACAGAGGAUGGAUAUUUCCUACGAGCUUGGAAUUACACAGUUGACACACCUCAUGGUAUGUUUGCAGCCAGUACACUGUAUGAACAAUCCAUUUGGAUCACGGAUGUAGGAAACGGACCCUUUGGCCAUACUAUUAAAAAAUAUAAUUCCUUUGGUGAUCUUGUUCAAGUCUUGGGUACCCCAGGCAAAAAAGGCACUGGUUUGAAUCCCCUGCAGUUUGAUAACCCUGCAGAAUUAUAUGUAGAGGACACAGGAGAUAUAUACAUUGUGGAUGGAGAUGGAGGAUUGAAUAACAGAUUGAUCAAGUUGUCCCAAGAUUUCAUGAUGCUUUGGCUGCAUGGAGAAAAUGGGACAGGUCCUGCUAAGUUCAACAUACCUCACAGUGUUACAGUUGAUUCAUCUGGUCGGAUAUUUUCUAGCAAAAAAAAUUUUUUUUUUUUUUUGGUUUCUCAGGUAUGGGUUGCUGACCGAGGAAAUAAAAGAAUUCAAGUAUUUGAUAAAGACACUGGAGUGUGGUUAGGAGCAUGGAAUAAUUGUUUUACAGAAGAGGGGCCUUCUUCAGUCAGAUUUACGCCUGAUGGGAAGUAUUUGAUUAUAGCCCAGCUGAAUCUUAGCAGGCUCUUAUUUGUGGCAGCACCCCCAGUGGGAAGCAUUGGCUACUGUUCUGUGAUAAGCUCAAUCCAACUAGCAGAUCAAGUUUUACCUCAUCUUUUAGACAUCAGUGAAAAGACUGGAGCAAUAUAUGUAGCAGAAAUUGGAGCAAAACAAGUACAAAAAUAUGUCCCUUUGAAAAGCUAAUUUCCCAUCAUUCCAUUUAUAAUGCGUCUUUCCCUGGAGAUCUUUCAAAUGAAGUUUUAGAUUCUCAAUCUGACUGUCAAGUAAUAUUCAAGCACAAUAAUUCAUGUUUUUAUUUUUAUCCAAUCUAGUAUCAGAAAAUUUGUUUUUAUAAAGUCAUUAAGAAUUUUAUGUUGUGUUACCAUUAUUGUUACUUAAUUUUAU